AUGGCCGCAUCCUCCAUAAGGCUGCCCAAGAGGCAGGGCACCCUCGACAGCAUCUCUCUCUCACAGUCCGAAGCCAGCCUCCCGCAGCGACGCUCCCACCCCUCCGCCGCCAGCCUGUACGCCUCCACGCUCACGCCCCCGGGCUCUAGGUCCAUGUCCCCCGUCGGCAGAGGCUCCCCCGCGCGACCAUUCUCCAGAGCAAGAUCCGGUUCCGUGACCCUGACGCACUCCCUUGUCGAUACCGAUGCCGCUGCCGAGCCCGGCAACCCGCUGAACCUGAUCCUCAAGGCGUUUGUCCCGCAUAUUUCCAUAUACGCGUCACCGGAUACGGAUGGUCUAGUGAAAGAGAAGGGUUUCGACCGUGGUCUUUGGGAGCUCCUCCGGCCGUUCGGCGAGCGUGUGCCGGGCAAGGUGACUGUUAGAGACAGCAACGGGUCAAGCAGGUCGUGGGAUGAUUUCUCGGUCCGAUUCACACGGUUUGGACAGAAUGUUGAGCCGCCGGACGGGCUACUUAAGGCCCCCAACGGCCAGGCGGCGAGCCCAGCAAUAUCGGGGAGACGGGUGGCAGACGUCGAGGAGGUGGUGAGCAGACAUCUGAACUAUGCAGAGCAGUCUUUCUCGAACCUCAUCCAGCAGCACGCCGACGACACAUGGCCUGGAUAUGGAUGCGACACGUUUCGGAGGCUUUACCACGAAUCCUCCAAUGGCGACAGGAGGUUACCACCAUGGGUGGAUGGUGAAUACCUACGCUACUACGUACUUGUGCAUGAUGAGGAGAACAGUGACAUCACCAAGACCAUGGCUCUGUUCGACCAGAUGAAGAGGAAUCUGGGUCUGCACUGUCACUUGCUCCGGAUACGGAGCAGUCAAAGUGUCGAGACUGACGACGACAGCAUACCACUGCCCCGUAGCGAAUGGAUGUCUGCCCAGGAAGAACUCGUCGACAUAGAGAGGAGCGAGGCCCAGGGCGGGCCUGUAGAUCUAACGAGGUACAUCUAUGAGUCAGACGCGACAGCGAUACGGACAUUCAUCCGCGAGAUGGUGACACAGUCCAUAAUACCGACGAUGGAGCGCAACAUCUCCGUUUGGAACGAUCAGGUUGCUUCAAAACGGAAAGGCAUCAGCGGGAGGUUCAUGACCCUGUCAAAAAGAUGGACGGGCUUCGCCAGCGGGACUAGGAACUCCACUGGAAGCUCGUCCUCGAGCAACUACGAGGCGUCGGGGUAUUACAGGCCGGACACGCCCGAGGCCAUCAUGCGGAAACUGGCCGAUUACGCGUUCAUGCUGAGGGACUGGAAGCUCUCCAUGUCGACGUAUGAGUUGCUACGAUCCGACUUCAGCAACGACAAAGCGUGGAAGUACCAUGCCGCAGCAAACGAGAUGACCGCUCUCGCGCUCCUGAUUAUGCCGCAGAACAUGUCCUCCAAGACGCGGCUGGACAACAUCGUAUCCAUGCUUGACCAGGCGUCAUACUCGUACAACACGCGAUGCAGCUCACCAUACGGCACGCUGCGGUCCAUGGCGCUAGGCCUCGAGCUCCUCCGCAUGCGGGGCGGCUCUGCGGUGGACGAGGCAGUCAAGUGGGGCACGCGCAUCAUGGAGAGCCGCAUCACCGGGCAGAUCGGUGAUGCGCUGUUCAAGGAGCGCAUGGCUGUUUGCUGUGCUACGAAACAAGGGGUAGGCUCCUUGGCGUGGGGCAGCUGGCGGAGGAAGUCGGCAUUCUGGAGUGUCCUCGGUGCCGAGGCGUGGACCAACCAGGCCAAGUACAUACCAGCUCAAAGGUGCCUCAAUGAGGCGAGGAACAUGUACAGCCAGCUGGAGAGCGAGGAUGGGAUCGGCGGGUGGGCACUGGCGAGCGAACACAUGGCGCAACUCCACCUGAAGCUCAAAGAAGGGUUGGCCCUCGAUGGGCUGGAGGACGCGCCGGCCCCAGAGGCAGAGGAGAUUGAGCUGCUGGAGGAGGAGGAGCCGGAGCGGUUGAGCAAGAACAAGCGCAUGUCAAGGAGAUUGAGCCUGGCAAGUCCUCCCGGCGCAGGGGCCGUUCUGGAGACGGCACCGCUGGCGGACAGCGGCGACACAGGGAGGAACGAGGCCGAUGACGGCUUUACUUAG